AAAGGUUUUUUUUUUUAUUUUUAAAAAAAAAAAUUCAAUCCAAAGAACUGCGGAAAAGAAACCCGAUCUCUUUACCAAAAAAAAGAAAAAAUGCUGCAAAGGCAAAUGGAUAUAAUUUCGGUGAUUUUAGCUUUGAUGGUCUCAGCAAAAUCAGUCUUAGGGUUUGGAAUGGACCCAGACUUACAAAUUGAUGUCAUCACAGAACUGGACCUUGAUAAUACAACGACUGGAGUUGCUCAGGUACCAGGAUUAUAUAAUAACAGCAAAGCAUAUUUGUUUCAAGAUGUGGAGAGACAGAUCCAAGUGGCUCCACAAGUGGUCGAGAAAGUGAUCCAACUAUUUAGAAAUAAAACUGAGUUCACGAUCUUAGCCACGAUUCAACAAAAGACUUUAACGUCUGGGGUCAUCUUAUCCAUUCAUGAGUCAGAUCUCAGGUACUUUGAACUGGAAAGCAGUGGACAAAGGGAUGAGAUUAGAUAUCACUACCGUUUUGAUGGGAAAUCUCGAACAGAAGUAUUUCCAUAUCGACUGGCUGAUGGUCAGUGGCACAGGAUUGCACUUUCGGUCAGCGCUUCCCACCUCUUGUUACAUGUGGAUUGCAGCAGAAUUUAUGAACGUGUUAUUGAUUCACCUCAGACCAGUCUUACUCCAAGUAUCAGCUUGUGGCUUGGCCAACGCAACAGUAAACAUGGACUCUUUAAGGGCAUUAUGCAAGAUGUCAAGAUCAUUCUAAUGCCUAAUGGAUAUAUAAUACAGUGCCCAAAUCUUAAUCGCACAUGCCCAACGUGCAGUGACUUUCUGAAUCUGGUACAAGGGAUUAUGGAUCUGCAGGAGCUCCUUGCCAAAAUGACUACAAAACUAAACUAUGCAGAAAAUCGUCUGAGUGAGCUGGAGAAUUGUUACUGUGAGAGAACAUGUCAGGUGAACACUUUGGUGCGCCACAAUAUGGAAUCGUGGGUUGAAAAUUGCAAACAAUGUACCUGCAAGAAUGGAGUUGUUGAGUGCAAACGCCUUGCGUGUCCUCCUCAAUCCUGCCCGACAGAUUUCCGACCAGUGUUUACAGAAGGCAAAUGCUGCAAAGAAUGUAGGCCUAUAUGUCUCUAUGGGGGGCAGAAGCUUGCUGAAGGGCAGCGUGCAUUGAAAUCAAACUGCCGGGAGUGCAGAAACCGUACGAUGGUCAUUGUUCACGAGGCCUGCCCGGCUCUGAACUGCCCGCCGAGCCAACAGCUUCAGCCCGAGAGCCGCUGCUGCAAUGUGUGCCGGGGUCAUGACUUCUGUGCGGAAGGACACCGAUGCGGUGAGAACUCAGCUUGCUGGAAUCUCAACACAAAAGCUAUCUGCGUCUGCAAGAAUGGCUUUGUUCCUGUCCAGGGCGACUCAGCAUAUUGUGAAGAUAAAGAUGAGUGUGCGAAUGGCACACACUACUGCCAUGCAAACACCGUGUGUGUGAAUUUGCCUGGAUCGUAUCUCUGUGACUGCCUCCCAGGAUACACCAGAGUUGAUGACUACUCGUGCACAAAGCAUGACGAAUGUGGGAAUGGACAGCACAACUGCGAUGAGAAUGCAAUCUGCACAAACACUGUUAGAGGACAUCGGUGUACCUGCAAGCCUGGUUAUGUGGGGAAUGGAACCAUCUGUCGAGCAUUCUGUGAGGAAGGCUGCAGGAAUGGAGGAAGCUGUGUUGCACCUAACUCGUGUGCCUGCCCUCCUGGGUUUAAAGGACGUGGCUGCCAGACAGAUGUUGAUGAAUGUGCCGAAGGCAUCAUCCAGUGCCACAAUCACGCCCGCUGUGUCAAUUUGCCAGGGUGGUACCACUGUGAGUGCAGGGCUGGUUACCAUGACAACGGUAACUACUCAUUCACCGGAGAGACCUGCAUUGAUAUUGACGAAUGUGUCACUGGAAUGCACAGCUGCUGGAACGACUCUGUCUGUGUGAACCUGGAAGGCGGGUUUGACUGCCGGUGCCCUUACGGGGAGCAUUGCACAGGGGACUGUCCCCUUGACGGAGGACUGAAACACAAUGGACAGGUCUGGACUCUGACAGAUGACCGUUGCUCUGUCUGCUCAUGUCAGGAUGGGAAGAUUUUCUGCAGAAGGACAGUAUGUGACUGUCGCAACACCAAUGUGGAUCUCUUCUGCUGUCCAGAGUGCGACACCAGAGAGACCAGCCAAUGCCUGCACCAGAAUGGGCACUUGGUGUACCGCAGCGGUGACCUCUGGACCUACAGCUGCCAGCAGUGCCGAUGCCUGCAGGGAGAAGUGGAUUGCUGGCCUUUAACCUGUCCGACUCUCAGCUGUGAGUACACAACCAUUCCAGAGGGAGAAUGCUGCCCACAAUGCGUCAGUGAUCCCUGCUUAGCUGACAACAUGGUCUAUGAUAUCCGUCAGACUUGUAUAGACAACCAUGGAAUAACACGGCUCAGUGGGUCUAUAUGGACUAUGCCUGGAUCCCCCUGCACUACUUGUAAAUGCAAGAAUGGAAAUAUCUGCUGUUUGGUGGAUGUGGAUUGCCUCCACAAUAACUGAAGAUCUCUAUGGACUGCUUUACCUCUUGUGUGGACUGUGUAGGUAAUGUCUAAAAUGUACUUCGAAAGGGUCCUUGCAUUAUACAGUACAACUUAAAGCUGCCAAAUGGAGCAAGAUUUCUGGGAGUCUUGUCUUUCGAUGAACUAUCCUGCACUUUUGUGGCUAUUCAGUUCAAAAUGUUUCACUUUCAGCUCAAAGUUGGGAGCUUCCAUCACCAUGCCAUUGGA